GUCGUUUAGGGAUCGUUUGGCUCGAUUCCUUGCUGGAAGGAGAAGAAGACAAGUAGUUCGUGAAGGGUAGAUGGUGACUGAGAGGAAGCCCUAGGAAUCUAGGAAGCGAUAUUGAGCUCAGAAGAAACCCUAGGAAGCUUGAUUCAAAGUGACGGAAAAAAAACCCUAAAAUCUUUCAGCUGGAUUCUUCCAUUUCAAGGAAAAGAAUCCUGGAAUUCCAAGUCUGCCAUAGUUUUGAUUUCGUAGCAAUCCUUAUAACUUCUGGGAGAUAUGCCAGUUGAUUUGGAGGACUCAUCCACCAUUAAUGCUUCCCAGGCUUCAGGCGAGGCCGAAAUUGCCACUGUCUCUUCUUCUGGUAACGAGAAAGCUCCACCAUCGUCAGCUUCAGGAAAAGAAGAAGCUCAUUUGUCGUCUUCAGGUAACCAGGUAACUCCAGCAUCGCCGAAUAGAGGGGAAGGUGAAGCUGACCAAGCAGCUUCAUCGGCGCCGACUUCGGGAGAAGAAGCUAUUGUAUCUUCUUCUGUUAACCAAACAGAAGCAGCUCCGCCGUUGGCGAUUUCUGGAAAAGUUACUGCGUCUUCUGCCACUGACCAAACGGUUCCACUGUUGGCUUCAGGGGGAGCUACUGCCUCUUCAUCUGCUAGUCAACCGAUUCCGCUUUCAUCACUUCCAAGAGGAGCCCUUGUGUUCUCUGCUAUUCCAACACCUCCACAGUCAUCGGCGACGCCGACGAAGAGAAAGCGAAGUCUCCCGGGAACGCCAGAUCCGGAUGCGGAGGUAAUCGCGUUGUCGCCGGAAUCCCUAACGGCGACGGACCGAUUCGUGUGCGAGAUCUGUGAAAGGGGAUUUCCACGCGAGCAGAACCUGCAACUUCACCGCCGUGGCCAUAACCUUCCUUGGAAACUUGGAGGGGGACCGGCCAAGGAGGUUCGAAAGCGAGUCUAUGUGUGCCCCGUGCCCACUUGUGUCCAUCACGACCCAUCAAGAGCUUUGGGUGAUCUCACGGGGAUAAAGAAGCAUUUCUUUAGGAAACAUGGGGAGAAGAAAUAUAAAUGCGAUAAGUGUUCGAAGAAAUAUGCAGUGCGAACCGAUUGGAAGGCGCAUAGAAGGAUUUGUGGAACGAAAUGAUACAGGCUCACUCACCACUUGACAUCUUGCUUUUUCAGUGCAAGUGUAUUAUAAAACACAAUUUUAGAUAUACACGCUUGCCGUCUUCAUCACAUGGAUCAUACUUGCAUACAUAGUCCUGCUGGUUCUUAUCAAAAGAACAUAUGAAGGGAAUUCUGAUUUGCUGGUAUUGGUCUUCCUUUCAAUACAACAUACCAAGCCACUGGUUUUUCUUGUGUGGUACAUUCAUUUGGAGUGAAAAUCUUUCUUUCCAAUGCAAUGGAUGAACAGCAGCGUUUUUCCUUUAGCAUCAAAUGGGGAAUGAGAGCCAUUAUUUGAAAUUUUGAAUACCGUAAAUCUGUUAUUUCAAAAAUCAUCCUGCCCAGAUGAUCACAUCAAGUAAGGAUUGGUUAUAAUCAUGAUAUUGGCUGAUCAUAAAGUCUCACACUGCACUGACCUAGCCAUCUUUUUGUUGGCCUUUUCUAUUCUAUAUUUUAUUUUCUAUCUAUAGCUAAUUGUCUAUAGAAUUAAUUCUGAUUAGUUUAGUGAUUGUAAGAAUUAAUUUUUAGUUUAUAUAUUUGCUCAAAACUCAUUAUAAAAGACUUGAUUGUUUGGAGCAAGAUACAUUAUCUUCAUAAAUGAAUCAAUUUUGCCUCAACUCAUGCUUCAAAUAGUUAAGGGUGCAACUGGGACAGGUUGGGUUGAGUGUAACUUCUUAAUGGGCGUGAACCCUAAACUGAUCCUGAUGUAGUAAAGUUUUUCAUUUCAAGUAACCUGCCUUGCACUGAUGCUGAUAAUUGGUUGAUCAUAACACUGCAGUGUCCUUACCGUCCUUGUUAGAUUUUCUUAUCUAGCUUAUCACAGAGAAAUCAAUUCUGAUGAAUUUUGUAUUUCUUAGGGAUUUUUAAAUUUUGGUUGUAGAAAAUAACUGGGAGUAAUUCGUUUUUUCUAGCUCAAAACUCAUUUAAGACUUGAUUCUUUGGAUUACCUAAACUAAAUUAGCUUCAGAAAAGAAUAAUUUUUGGCUCAACUCUUUCAAUAAUUUAAACAGUAUUUGAACCAAGCAGCCUAUUUGGUGCGACCUGCAUUCCUAUUGAACCGUUGACGUGUAGGAAAAUGUUGUAAAUUUCUUUCUGUUGAAUGCUGGAUCUAGAUAUAUGGUCAAACCCGUAUUACUAUUGCUUUUUAUUGCUUUUUGUUCGUGUUUUUCUUUACAGGCAAAACUGCACAUGGGGUAUUAGGAAAACUACAAACCCUCAGCCAAGUACUUGAACUGGCUGCAUGGAAUAUUAGAACAGAAAUGUGAGGGAAUGACUGAGAUGACUGUUGUACCUAAAAUUGUGAUACGACAGACCUUUACAAGAAAAACCGAACUGCAUAUUUGUCUUACCAUGUACCUUUUUACUCUUAUUUGAUACUAAAUAUAGACUUUCACUUUUGGCUA